CAGGUACUACAAUACAACUCAUCAGUUGUGUGAUUAUCCCAAGGAACAAGAGUUACAUCAGCAUUGGUGGUCGCUGUAAUAGUUAAAUGGACGUUGUAACAACAGUGUUUGUGAUAUGGUGGUCUUCCCUGCAUCCUAACUCUACCUCGGGGGUGGACAGCGUCCUGUCGCGGUGGUGGCGUGGCGUGGGGCGCCUCUCUGCUCGCCCGUGGACUGCAGCUGCUCUCCGCGGUGUGUGGCGCUAAGUGAAUGACAAUCAAAAAGCAAGAAAGCAUCUAAAUCACAGCGGGAACAUACGGAAACCGUCUCCUGUAUUUCCAGGUCACAGACAAACCGGCAGGUCCAUAGGCUUUAUUGUAGUUUCACUGUUAGGAUGUCGUCGUCUGAAAAUGCUGCGUCACAUAAAGCCGGUGAAGCAUCACCCCAAACAUCAGAGGCUGAACCCCUGAGGAUCGUUCUGGUGGGGAGGACAGGGACAGGCAGAAGCUCCGCAGGCAACACCAUCCUGGGCAGGUCUGCCUUCUGGGCCAGCGUGUCCCCCUGCUCCGUCACCACCCAGUGCACGAGACAGACUGGGACAGUAGACGGGCGGAGCAUCUCUCUGAUUGACACGCCGGGUUUCUUGCACACACACCUGAACCCCGAGGAAGUCAUGUCAGAGGUGGGACAGUGCGUUGUCCUGUCCUCUCCGGGACCCCAUGUCUUUCUGGUGACCCUGCCGACAGUCAGGUUCACCCAGGAGGAGAGGGACGCCUUAGAGUGGAUCAAGGCUACGUUUGGACCUGAAGCAACCAGGUUUACCAUGGUGUUGUUCACCUGGGGAGAACGGCUGCAGGGCAAACGCAUCGAGGACUUCCUGGGAGAGAGCAGUGAGCUGUCGGAGUUUGUGAGCAGCUGCCAUGGCGGGUAUCACGUCUUCGCUAACAGGGAACAGGACGAGACAGCGGACAGCUCACAACAGGUCGUACAGCUCCUGGAGAAGAUAGACAAGACUGUUGCGGAAAAUGGAGGAAGUUGCUAUAGCAGUGAGAUGUUCAAGGAGGCUGAGCGGGCCAUCAGGGAGGCGCAAGAGAGGAUUCUGGGAGCAAGAGGACACAAUCUGUCCCCACAGAAGGCGGUUAAAGACAAAGAGGAGCAGAGUCCAGAGUUUGAGAGGAUGAGGAGAGAGGAAGAAGAGGCCAGGAAACGGAUGGAGAGGCUUUUCUGGUGCGAGCUGGUGACUGCGGUGGGGAAAGGUGCUGCAGAGGGGGCGGGGAUCAUGGGGAAGGACGAGGGGAAAGGGAAGGCUGUGACAAAGGUGAAGAUGAUUGAGAGGGCAGCAGCUCUGGCAGCGUCGCCACUCUCCAUCACCUCAGCUGCAAAAGCGGUGGGAGGGGCGGUGAGGGAAGGAAGCAAGGUGUUAUAUAAACACAGAAAAACUUUCCUGAAAACACCUCACUGAACACAGUCAGAGUCAAGUGUCCCUCGCCAUGGUUAGUGUAGAGGUGAGAGCAAACACAUAUCUAUUAAUCAGUUAUUAAUAAUACUAUUAAAACUAUUAGCUGAAUAGUCAACUAUUUGGCUUGAGUUGUUUGUUUUUUUAUACAUUUUUUGGGGUCAAAUUUGACCCCUUUCCAAACAGUUUCUAUAUCAGAAAACUGGGUUUCUUUCGGACAAAUUUUCCAAAAAACUAACGUUGAUGGUUCCUAACAAUGCUCCUCACGUGUUAAAUAUAUAAUCAGUUCACUACUUUCAUUGAAUUUGUGUGUUUUUUGUCAGUUUUAUAGCAUUUGGAGAAAAAACAAUUGGCAAAAGAACUUCAAAAAAAGAGAAAAAUGUAAAUAAAAGUGACUAAAAUGUGAACAACUGUCAAAUAAAGUGACAAAAAAUGGAAAAGACGUCAACAAAAAGUAACACACAACAGGGUCAAAAAAAGAUGACCUUGAUAAAAAGGUUUUGUAUUUAAAAUUUUGACUCAGAAAAACUAAAAAUUCCAGGUCGGCGGGGGUUAAAACAUAACGGUUAAACGGUGCUCUAAGCGCUGUUGGGUGACAUUACUUCUUGUUGACGUUCAAAGUAUUUUCAAACGAAACAAAACUAGCUUGCUCCUCCCUUCUGUGCUUUUGCGCACUAAUUGCGACAAAACAAGACAUUUGAGGACGUCAUCUUGGGCUUUGGGAAACACUGAUCAACAUCUGAUUAAUCAAGUAUAAACCGACUGGGCAAGUUGAUUUAUAGACCAUGACAAUAGUUGUUAGCUGCAGCCCUAGUUAGCUGUGUGUUUUCAUUGUGCAUCUAAUGCUGUAAGUCUCUGUUUAACAUCAGAACAAUGCACAAAUGCACCUUCAGACCACACUGUUAAAUAAGAAUGCAUGUGAAUGCGCACCCUUCAGAAAGGUAAACAUCCUGGUGUGUAGUCUUUGUGGAUAGGUAGCAAAGAACAUAGCCACACCUUUGAAUUGCGAUAACUCAUGUUAUAAUAAAAGGUAAUGCCA